CGGCUACAGGCAGGUUUCUCUGUGAUUACUCACGGACUUGUCUUCUGACCGAAGAAGAAGUCAGACAGACUUGGACGUCAGCAAAUUUCAUCACAAUGAAGGCGAUUUAAACUAAAAGAACCGCACGAGGUCAGGUUGCAGCAACUCAAACUGUCUGCACGACCUGUUCUAGAUGAAUUCUCUCACUGUCCUUUUCAUUUUGUCUCUGAGUUCAGCAUCUACAGGCUUGAAAGAGAUAGAUGUGCAGGCAGACAGGAACGCCCAGCUGGAGUGUCAGGGUCCUAAAAAAGCCAAACUUGUCCUGUUAGAGUGGAAAAGACUUGAUCUACUGUCGGAUGGAUACGUCUUCUUCUACCGAGAUGGUCAUCUACAUAAAACCUUCCAGCAUCCGACUUUUAGAGAUCGAGUGGAACUGAGAGAUCCACAGAUGAAAAAUGGGAACAUGUCCAUCAUUUUGUACAACACCACAAUUAAAGACACUGGAACGUAUGAGUGCCGUAUCAUCGCACAAAACAUAAGAGACAGUAGCAGCCCUACCUUUGAGAUCAAGCAUGAAAUCAAGCUGACAGUUGUUCCUCCAGGUCACACACAAGAGGUCACAGCGCCUAGAGAUGAAGAAAAUGAGGAGAAUAAGGACGUGGGGAACGAGGAUGAAAGAGAUGGAGGAUUUAUUGGACUGGCAGGUGGUCUGUUAGCUUUGGUGGUGAUUGUUAUUGUCGUGUUCUCUUACAAUGUGUUUUCCUCUUCCUCCUGUUGUAAACACAAAAGUAGCGAAACAUAAUUGCUAGUAUAAUUACUGUCCUUAUUAAGGAAAUAUAUAUAUAUAUAUAUAUAUAUAUAUAUAUGGUGUUUCCUUAAUAGGGACAGAGACCAAGAGUAAUUCACACACACUGCAGUAUUUAAAAUCCACAAUGUAAACAUUCUUAUUUUUACUCUUACUAAAAUGGUGUGGAAAGAAAUUGUUUGCUUGUUGAUAAAGUCUGACCUAGUAAAAGGACAAGGUAAAUUAAUAACAUUUUCUGUGUUUGUUAUUCCGUUGAGCUCUCGUCUGUGAUAUUAAAGUAGUAACAUACUU